AUUAACAUUUUUUGUUUCCCUGUCCAAGGUGUGGAAGAAAAGUGAAGAAAAGAUUAAUGAAAUAGAAUAUGAAAUUAAGAGUGAAAAAAGAGAAGAACGCCUUCCAGUAGAUGUGUUCAUCGCUCAAAGAGAAUGUGGUCUUUGGAGAAAAACUGAGCAGAAAUGCCUCAGGAAAGGACAUCAAGUAUCUAUAACACCUUUUAAAGAAGGGAAAAUUGUAUACAAAGGACAGCUCAAUGCGAUACAGCUGGCUAAAAAAACUUUAGGAGAGCAAUCUAUGAAAACAAUCAAAAACCAGUUGAAGAUCUUACGUCAGAUCAAUUGAUUUUUCUCAAAAAAUGUGAAAAUUCACAACAAAAGUCUCUUGGUACUGGUACUAAGCAAAAUAUUCUCGAUGGCUUAUACAGGCAAUUUAAGAAGGAACAUGUCAAAGGAUCUUUAGCCUUUAGAGAUUCUGAAGUUAGUUUGGUUGUUGGCCAUAAUACCCACUGGCAAACAGCAAAUAGAAUUUUGAAAGAAUCUAUUAAAGAAUUUGAUAUAUCCCUGGCUGAUCAUCAGAAAAAUACUCCAUUUUCUAAAGUGGUUGCAAACUUGAAAAAAGCUUUCAGAGAUGAAGUUGUUCAUUUGAAAUCGGAGCGUGAUUCAAGAAAAGUUAUUGUGUUUUGCUUUCAAUUUCCAACAUAAACAAAUGAGGAUGGAAGUGAAUAAAACAAUUGAGCAAAUGGGUGAUAUGAACGAUAUAGAAAAAUUUUACCCCUUGUCAAAAGAAAAAGCAGAACAUGUCGCCAACCAUUGUAAAUAGACAAAUCAAAGUCUGUUAAAUUGGUAAAUGAAAAUACAAAACUGGAUGCUAGUGACAUUUGAGCAAGAAGAUAUUGAUACUGUUGAUAUGAAAUUUGAAGACUUGGAAAAAGAGAUCAAGAAAAUCGAAAAGCAAUUUACUGGAUAUUCAUUGUAUGACUAUUUAUCUGGCGAAGGAAAAUUUAUUAAAAAAGCCACAGAACAUGAAACAAAAUGCUCCAUAUUCUUGGAUUUGGUCGAACGAAAAAGUUCCAAGUCUUUGAUAACUGUAAAAUUUGGCGAUAUUCUCCAGGAAAAAUGUGAUGCAAUUGUGAAUAGCACUGGUAAAUCUCUUGAUUUUUCAGGACAAGUAUCAAUGGCUCUUAAGAAAAGGUUUGGAGCGGAUGUGUUGGGAGGUCUUCUCAAGAACUCUACAUGGGUUAUAGGGAAUCAACUAUGUUUAUGUGAUACGAGUGGUCGUUUACCAUGGAAAUAUAUCUUUAACAUAGCUAUUCCAACUAGCAAGAGCGAAUUUACAAGAGCGAUUUUAUGCCUAUUAACAGAAGCAGAGAGGUUGGGUAUUCAAAGCUUAGCUCUCCCUACUAUUGGGGCAGGUAAUAUGGGGUUGGAUCCUACAGUGGUUGCUUCUUAUAUGAAAGAUGCAUUUGCUAGGUUUGAUGCACAAAAAAAACUUCUGCAUGAUAUCCGAGUUGUAGUUUACCAGUCGUCACAAUUAUCAGUAUUUCAGGACAUAAUACCAAAACAAGAUAUCAAUAAGUCAAUUGGAAUGAAUGUGAAAAUUUAUGGAAGCAGUGUAGCAAGUCUAGAUGAGGCCAUGAAGAAAUUUCAAGAAAGUUGUGACAAAAUUAUCAAAAGUUUUGUUAUCAAAACUACUCGACCUGAUUUCUAUGGUUUUGAAAAAUCAGAAAUUGAAAAAUUUUGUCGUGUGAAUGAUGUGUUACUAGAAUGGAAGUGGACAAAAAAUGUGGAGGAAUGUCACAUUCAAGGCCUCAGUGAUAAUGUCAAAAAGGUGAAGGAUAUGAUCGACAAGUUACUCGAAGGAGACUAUCCUGCAAACUGGAGUUCGAUGCCAGAUGGUCAGAAUGUUAAGAGAGUAGAACUUAGUGAAAUCUCUCAUGAAUAUCUUGAUGUAAAGCGCAAAUUUGAAGAAAGUCAACCUUCAUAUUCAAAACUAAUAAAGAUUGAGAGAGUACAAAACAAGUUAUUGUACUCCCAAUUCAAAGAUCGUAGGAAUGCAAAAAAGGCUGAAUUUGCAGGUCAGAACAAGGUAAUCACCAGACAAUUGUUUCAUGGAACUUCUUUUGACAUUGUUGAUAACAUUUGUGAUAGAGGAUUUGAUAGGAACUUCUCUGGAAAAAAUGGCACUGCGUAUGGAAGUGGUGUGUAUUUUGCUGUCAAGUCCCAGUAUUCUGUCGGAUAUUGCCGAGGUCCAACUAAAUAUAUGUUCUUCUCGGAAGUAAUAACAGGAGAUUACAUUUAUGGAAAUUCAUCAUACAAAGCUCCUCCAGAGAAAAGUCAAUCUACAAGAUAUGAUAGUUGUGUAGACAACCAAUCAAGCCCAAAUAUUUUUGUGGUUUUUUCAGAUUCAAGUGUUUAUCCUUCAUAUAUCAUUACUUUUCAGUAAUAUUGUUGUGUAUUCACAAGUUUAAAUAACUAAUAAUUGUAAUUACAUGAACAUAAAUCUAAACUUCAUUAUAUCUAUAUAUAUAAUUAUGAUUACAUAAUAGUGUCUUCGCCUUAGUUAUUACUUUGUUGCUAGAAUAAAUGCGAAUAUGUUGUGACAAAAUAUUUAUAAUAUUUUAUGCAAGAAUUUUAUUGCCAAAAUUUGGAAAUUCAAUUUCAAUUUUUUUUUUAUUUGAACUUUAUAUGUUAUGGUAAAUCUCUACGAUUUGCAGUAGUGGAUGAUAAGUUUAUUUCGACUCCAUGAUCAGCAUAACAAUACAUUUACAGAUUCAGAUACAGAUGAUUGUUAUCGGCAAUAUGUUUUAUGGUACUAACAUCUCUGAUUAGACGUCACAUCAAAAACUUUAUUAUCCCGACCGAGGAAUUACUCGUUAAUGCAAACUUAUAUCUGAAACAUAAACCAUUGUAAGACACUUUGCUUCACGUUUUAUAUCAUGUUUAGUUAUGGUAGAAAUGUAAUAUAUUUUAUUUAUAUUUCAUUAGUUGAACUAUGAGACUGAUGUAUUGAAUGAAAGUACAUACAGUGACCCUAUAAUUUUAGAUUUUUCUGCUAAUCUUUGCUAGACAUGACACCCCAGACUAAAUGCUGCUAUGCUCAGUUUCUCAUUUACUCAAACAAAUCAGCACUUCACUAAGUGGGCCCUAAUUUCAUAUUCGCAAUAUUUCAAACACUUUUUUAAUCACAUGCAAAAAUGUAAUGGACCGUAUGGUUAGAAAACUCUUCAAAUUUCCGCUUGUUUUAUAUGUUAUGUUAACGUAUGUUGAAUGUAUGAUAUGCAACUAAUUCACUUGCCUGCUUUUCAAUUUCUUAUUUGUCAAUUUUAAGUAAUAUAGCAUUCUGUGAAGUAAUUUCAACGUUAUUUCAUAUUUCAAUUUUUUUUUUUCAAUUUUGUUAUACGCUUUUUCUUGCAUUGAUAAAAAUAAAAUGUCUGAAUCAUACAAUGAUUUUCGUUCAAUUGUAUGGAAAAUGUUUUAAAUGUAAUCUCGUAAAAUUUGUAAUAUUACUUUUUCAAAUACUG